AUGGAAUUUAAUGAAACUAAUAAAAUACGUGUAAUCAAUUCAAAUAUAGUUGCGGCAGCUAUUAUUAAUAAUGAAACAGUGAAUAAUGCUGAUAAUAUUAGCGUAUUUAUACUGGCUAAACCUAAGGCAUAUGAAACUUUAGAUGUUUCAAACAAUCAAUCUCUUGUAUCACCCGUCAUCACAUUUGGUGUGCAGAAAAAAGAUAAUAAUUCGCCAAUCACUCUUUAUUUAUAUUUUCAACCUUCAGAAGAUAAUAAAACACGUAGUGCUGAUCAAUAUGCAGGUUCAUUUUUUAAUACUAAUACUUCAAAAUGGGAUACAGCUGGUUGUACUAAACUUCAAUAUAACAAAAGCUACAAUCGUUAUGAAUGUAUUUGUAAUUAUCUUACAUUUGCUCUUAUAUGGUCACCGAAUCUAGCAAAUACAACAAAUCUCACUUCUCAAGAUAUUGCAUCAAUGACAUUUCUAUCAAUAUCUAUUCUCUGUUUUAUUGCAGUUAUUAUUCAUAGCUUUAUUACUUGUCUUCUCAAUCCUGCUAUGUCAAUGAAUGCGCGUGACUUACUUUCAUUGAUUUCAUCUGCAAGUACAACUAUUCUUUUUAUAUUCUUUAUUGCCCUUAGUAUGACAGUUUAUACUCCAGCAAAGCCUGAUCAUGGAACAAAAUGUUUAUUAAGUUCAAGUGUAUUGAUGUUUUUCGUUUAUUUCUUUUUAAUUUUUAUGUUUUGUACCAAAACAAGUUUUGGUUAUUUUAAUUAUCUUCGAUUUGUUCGACUCUUUUCUGAACCAUCAUAUCGAAAACUAUUUGUACUACUAGCUAUAUCUUUUUGUAUUUCAAUAAUCGGUACUUCUUUUGCAGUGGAAUUCAAUUCUAACGCAUCCUAUUAUAUAACUCAAUUACAUAGAAAUAAACUUUGUUGGUUUACUCAAGAUAUUCUUCAUUAUUUUAUGACAAUACCUCUCGGUAUAUUUCUUCUACUGAAUUUCAUCCUAAUAUUUUUUGUCACUAGACGUAUUAUUAAUCAUGUUCAACGUGCUAUAUCUCCUCAUCAUACAUAUAAAUGA